CCUAAUCAAUUCGGCAGGGGCAAUAUGUACAUUUAUCCAAUGCGGAAAAUCAAAAUGUAAAAAUAACACGCUUCCACAGUUCCUCUACGUCCGCGAAUAACUCCCCUACAUGGCCACUUAAUCCGCUAUGAUUGCACUGCAUACACAGAAUUAUAAAAGUAGUGUGUAUUUCCGGCCACAAGUGUCCCAAUCGGCAAUCAGCCGGCAAAUCCGCUGGUGUUGUAUUCGGGGUAUCGUGUGCGUGUUCCUAAUCCGUGGCGGAGAGGAUGUUGUUAAAUACACACACAUACACAGCUGUUUAACGGAUUGCCACUUCUCAGCUGUUGCGCGUGAGCUUUAGCCGGGACUGGACUGAUCGCCAGGAAACGUGACUAACUCUGACGAUGCGGAACAUUUUUCCCACCCCACCAACUAUUUUCCAUAAUCUACGGCACUGCUCUAUGCUUAUAAUAUUGUACGCCGAGCGGACUGUACUCGACACCACUGCUGCCAUCUGAUCCGGGUCGAUGUCGAUUGUCCAUCAAUACAUUUUUCGUUAUUGUUAUAAACGCUCUUGUAAGCCAUCUCGGUUUACCCGGCUGCAGUGCAGAUACAAUUAGGUAUAUCGCCGGUCUGCAGUCCAUCAUCGCCGUCGUUGUAAAAGGAUUUCAUUAUGUGGCGAGCAUAAUUGCUAGGAAUAUUUAUAUCACCCGUUCCGCCCAUUUUAAUUUAUCCGUCUCCACUGACCAGUGACCAAUAUCGCCGGCAGGGGCAGUGAUUCAUUUGACACUGAUUGCAGCGUUAUAUUGAUGGUGGUGUCGGUGGAUGGAUUGAUAUUGCCAAUUUCCCGGGCAUUAUUCAGCAGACAAUCGCGGAAUAUUGCGCUCUUCCGGUCGUUAUUAAUUUUCAUUAUUAUGCCGAAGUAAAUAAUACGUACUCUUUUACGCGAUGGUGAUUUUUUUGUGCGGUGCAGAUUUCUAGAAAAAAUAAUUUUGCAGUUUUACGCAGAUUGCGUUUCCCGUGACGUGUGCUGUUAUAUCUAGCUAACAGUGAAGAAGUUUCCUGUGAACGAUCUGUGCCACUGUACUACGACCGCGUUGAACUAUAUCUGCAGCAACAUGGUCUCAUAAUGCGCUUAUACGAGCUGAUAAACUUUUAUAGUUUACAAUCGCUAAUAAAUAUGCCGAAAAAUGUGGAAUAAUCUGGAGUAUUAUGGGUUGCGGUGGGGACUAUGGAGCAUGAUAUUGGGAUGGGCGUGCGCUUAUGUGGAUGAAUGGAGCCCCUGUAAUGUGCAGGAAGCGCGCGUCAGCACGGAACGACCUGUUGCCCUCUCGGGGCGUUGGGUGUCGCGCCGGUGUGAGCUGCGUGCCGGUCCCCACUACCUCCUGCGUGCCUACGAAUUCGGCUUCAAUACCUCAUUUUUUCUACACCAGUUCUACUACGCUGACAACUGCGUCACGCCCCUCCAUUCCCUGACCAUCCGCGGUCAGCUGAACGAGAUGAAGAAGUCCUGGCUGCUGCCCGGCGCCAUCGACAUGGACUACACCCUGACCCAGGUCACCGUCAUGCCCUACAGCGCCGAGCAUGCCGAACGCCUGCAGGCGGCGGUCCUGCACGUCUGUCCCCUGGCGCGCUUUUCCGCCCAGCCCUGGACGGCGUACGAAGCCUACGAGGUCCUGCAUUUUGACGCCCAUCCCACCCCGCCGCCCACCAGCCACCCGGACGGGGCGGGGGUCACGCGGAUCGACGUGGAGUUUGACUGUCUGGAGGCGUUGAAUUUUACCUUGGAUGAACUGCAGUUGGUGCGGCUGCAGCGACGCCGGUGGGUGACGGUGGGCGGGGCCAGUGUGAGUCGCAAGGAGCUGCUGACCGGGGAGAGUGUGCGGGGUGUGGCGGGCGUCGGGGUGGAUCCGGCGGGGAUGGAUGGACAGCGGCCGGUUAGUUAUUUGCCGGAUUUCUUGGUUAAAGUGGAGGAUGAACAUGAGUUUGCCGACUGCCCGGUGUGCGCCGCCGUUGACUCCACCAUCAGCCCCUCCUCCCCACCCAUUCUCAACGCCUCCACCCACCCGCCGCCCUACCCCCUCUCGGACCUCUCUGGGAAGUUCACCAGUCUGGCGGAAUGCGAAUCCCGUCCUUCCGGCUCCUUCAUCCGCCGCACCCUGACCCUCCAACCAGCCACCCAGGAGUGGCAGGGAGAAUACCAGCACUUUACCGAACCCGACUGCCAGCAGCGCUCCUUCACAAUCCUCGGCUACGGGACGUUUAAUUUACAGGAACCCUACCCACUGCUGCCCAUCGCCCAGAAGAUCGAUUUCCUGGUGAUCAAUGCCACGGUGACCCCGCAUCUGGAUUUCGUUCUGCAGCAGCUGUCGGCAUCCAAUCAGACGGAGUGCGGGAUCGGACCGUGGCUACUGAACCGGCCGAAGGAUAUCACGCCUACCCAGGGGUGCAAGUUACUCGGAUUGACCAUUCCCAAUGCGGAUUUCAAUAUUGUGCGGGUGGAACGUGAUGUGCGGAAUAAUACGCUGCUGUUUCUGGGACAGGAUUAUCAAGAUCCCCCGGUGGAGGUAUCCGUGAGCCGGCCCACCUCCUUCCAACCGCCACUGAUUCAGUGCCAACGUGACCGGGAUCCGGCAUCCCCCUCCUCCGCCGCCACCUCUCGCACCCCGGCCGUCCGCAAGGUCACCGCCACGACACCGGCCCCCACCUCACGGCAGCGGACCGCCACGCGCCGGCAGCGUCUUAACGGGGCUAACAGACGGAUCCGGAGUGCCGCGGCUGUUGUUAGUGUCGCGAUCGUAAUAGUGUGCCAGUUGUCACGCAUGGUGAUGUGAAGAGAAAAGAAUUACGGUGCUGGUCAUAAAUCCGCGAAUGUUGCGCGGAUCAUGAGUAUACAGUGUAUGCGUCUACGGUAUAGAGUGAACGGAGGUCAGUGUGUCAAAUCACAGCCAGAGAGUAAAGCUCAAUAAACAACGAUAUAAUAUCAGCGCGUUUUUUUAUUGGACUGUUAUUGCUGUUUAUGAGUGUGCCGACUAGUCAGUGCUUCCUAUUACAAAAUGGCAAAAAAGCACACCAUUGAAAAAAA